AAGGAGUUUUUUGAUGGCUGCAAAGCAAUAAGUGCAGACAGCAUUGACGGAAUCUGUGCACGGUUCCCUAGCCUCUUAACAGAAGCCAAACAAGAGGAUAAAUUCAAGGAUCUCUACCGGUUUACAUUUCAGUUUGGCCUGGACUCUGAAGAAGGACAGCGGUCACUGCAUCGGGAAAUAGCCAUUGCCCUGUGGAAACUAGUCUUUACACAGAACAAUCCUCCAGUUUUGGACCAAUGGCUAAACUUCCUAACAGAGAAUCCCUCGGGGAUCAAGGGCAUCUCCCGGGACACUUGGAACAUGUUCCUUAACUUCACUCAGGUGAUUGGCCCCGACCUCAGCAACUACAGUGAAGAUGAGGCCUGGCCAAGUCUCUUUGAUACCUUUGUGGAGUGGGAAAUGGAGAGAAGGAAAAGAGAAGGGGAAGGGAGAGGUGCACUCAGCUCAGGGCCCGAGGGCUUGUGUCCCGAGGAGCAGACUUAGUGGCUCUGUCCCAGGAGCAGCAGCAAGGAUCUGCCCGCUGUCCUGCAGCCAACAGAGGAAUUGGACCUUUCUGGAAAUUACUGAAGAUCCGGAUAUUUUCUACUUUACACCUUUCUCUGCCUUGUAUCUGAAAGGGCUCUAAAAUGCUGUAUCAUGUUUUA